AGGGAUUCCAGUUUGCAUCUAACCUUAUUCAUCUCGGCAAUCGCACUCCCAAAUGCAUCAUGGAAAUUUGCUCGUAAGAAGAACCUCCUAGAGCGCGAGAAGGCUGCCGCAGCUGUUCCUCCAACGGUAAACGUUGAGGGCGGGCGGGAAUAAAAUGAUUUCACAAGGCGGAGGCGGUCGGAGCGACGAUCGGCUAUUUCGGUGGCGGCCUUAGGUGAUGGAGGGUGAGACGAAGCACUUGAUCUCAGCCACCAUGAGAGGAGACACCUGCUGCCUGCAUUUCCCUGGUCAGCUCAACUCUGACCUCCGCAAGUUUGCCAUCAACCUGAUUCCAUUCCCACGGCUCCACUUCUUCAUGGUCGGGUUCACUCCGCUCACAUCUCGUGGGUCGCAGCAGUAUCGUGCCCUUACUAUCCCGGAGCUGACCCAGCAGAUGUGGGAUGCGAAGAACAUGAUGUGCGCCGCUGAUCCACGCCACGGCAGGUACCUCACUGCCUCAUCCAUGUUCCGUGGCAAGAUGAGCACCAAGGAAGGCGAUGAGCAGAUGAUCAGCGUUCAUAACAAGAACUCGUCCUACUUUGUCGAGUGGAUCCCCAACAACAUGAAGUCUACCGUCUGUGACAUCCCUCCCACAGGAUUAAAGAUGGCAUCGACGUUCAUCGGCAACUCGACUUCGAUUCAAGAGAUGUUCCGCAGGGUGAGCGAGCAGUUCACUGCCAUGUUCAGGAGGAAGGCUUUCUUGCAUUGGUACACUAGUGAGGGCGGGCGAGAGAGUGAGAGAGAUGGGAGGAACGGCGGCUGGGUUUUGCCGAGUGGAACGUGAGAUUAGGGUUGGGGUUGGGUUUUAAUUAACUCGAGGGGUAUUU